UACGGCAUGUGUGAUAAGACAUUGGUGAUUUCAGAUUUGUAUUUCGAAAAUUUGUCUGAAAAUUCGAAAAGUGCUAAAAUUUGAAAAUUCCAACAAACGUUCAUUAUGAAAAAUCUUAAACUGCACAAGUCUAUGGUGACACAUGUGGAACAGCUAAAAGAUGCUACAUCAGUUCAGAUAAUUGCCAACGGUGAGUUAUGUUACUCGACCAAAAGCUCCAUUUGGCGCUUAAACUUAAACGAUCGACCUCGUCUAGUAGUGAACCUAUCUGCAUGUGACGUGUACAUGAGCGCGGACUGCGACAACAUUCAUAUCACGUCUUACGCUUACUAUGAGCCAUGGGAUUCUUUUGUGGUCGGUUGUUCAAAUGGCGAUGUACUAUUGAUACAAGAAAAUAUUGUAGAAAUUGCAUAUAAAUGUAAGGAUGUAGUUGCCAACAUACUGUGUAGUCCAGACUUUGAACGCAUCAUUCUAUUGACCAGCCAAGGACAUAUUACACUAGUCACCGAGUGUUUUGAAAGCUUGACCGAUUUCAACAUUGUUGGGGUUGAACUGUCAGAAAAAUUAUUGGUAAAUGUUGGCUGGGGGAAAAAAGAAACUCAAUUUCAUGGAUCAGAAGGGAAAGCUAAAAGAAUUGUGAAGGAAGUCGUUGGAGACGGAGACCAUUCUGAUGAUUCAAUAAAUAUCUGCUGGAGAUCUGACAGUUUAUUGUUUGCAAUUGGAUUUCUUGAUAAAGGAUCUAAUUUAAGAUCUAUUAAAAUAUUUAACAGAGAAGGAAUUUUACAGUACAUAAGUGAACCACUUUCAGGUGUGGAAGCUGUAUUAAGUUGGAAAACUACCAAAGAACUCAUAUCAUUUUCUCAACAUAUAAAUGAUAAAUAUUUUAUAAGUUUUUUGGAAAAAAAUGGACUCAAACAUGGAGACUUUGAAAUUCCAUCUACAAUCAGUGUUAAACAGUUGUUGUGGAACCAUGAUUCUUCGAUUUUGUGUAUUCAGUGUGCUGAUUCUAAUAGUAAUUAUUUAUUAUUUUUGUCGUGUACUAAUUAUGCAUGGCAGAUUAAAAAAUGGAUGACAAUUGAAAACAAUAUAAUUACUGCAAAAUGGUUGUUGGACAAUAGUUUACAAUUGAUUACUGAUAAUGGUAGUUACUAUACACUUUAUUGGACUGAAACCUUGUGUACUUCAAGUCCAGGAACUCUAGAUUGGGUGGCUGUCAUAGAUAACUCUUCAGUAUUACUAACACCAUUUAAACAAGUAAUAAUACCACCUCCAAUGUUUGAUGUAAAGUUAAACUUAGAUUCUCCUGUUGACAGUGUCUUGUAUAUGCCUCACAAUCAAAGUAAAAAUGGAAAUGAUGUUUGUAUCGUUACUUCUGAUCAGACUGUUCACUUUUAUCAUUAUACAGAAGAAUCUUAUGUCAAAAGCAAAGCCAUUUACAGAGUAUCAAAUAUGUCUGGAAUAUUGAAUCAUUGGUUUUGGUUAAAUGAAAAUACUGUUGUUUUUAGUUUAUCAGAUGUAGGAAAUAUCCAUCAUAUGUGUGUUGCUAAAAUUGAUGAUGAUUUCAAACACAUAACUAAACAUGUUGUUGAACUACCAGUUGUAACAAUUCUGAACCAUACGAAAGGAGCUCUGAUUCAGCUAUCAAAUGGACAAUUAUUGUUGUGGAAUGAAGAAAUGGAUACACUUGAUCCCUAUCUUUAUUUGCUUGAAGAAUGUACACAUUUAAGUAUAAUGGACGAUAAAAUCUAUGCCCUCGGUGUAUCAAAAAGACUUUUUGAAAAUGAUAAAGUGAUUUUAAAUAACAUAGGAUCAUUCUGUAUUCGAUAUCCGUUUGUAUUAGCUGCCACUUUGAAUCAGAGGUUGAUUGCUCAUAAUAUACAUCCUACCAAAGAUAAUAAUGAUCAAUAUCAUCGGCGAGUUGAAUCUGGUUCAAAAAUUAUAACAGUAACUGGUAAUUCAGUUAUAUUACAAUUGCCGAGAGGUAAUUUAGAAACAAUUAAGCCAAGACCCUUAACAAUUUUAUCGGCUGUUGAACUGAUUCAAGAUCAAAAAUAUUUAAUAGCAUUUGAUCUUUUGCGCAAAGAACGUAUAAAUCUUAAUGUAAUAUGCGAUUUAAAUCCUUUAAAGUUCAUUGAUGAUCUAAAUGAAUUUAUUGUACAAGUAAAAGACCCAUCUUGGAUAAGUUUAUUCAUAACUGAAUUAGAAGAUAAAAAUUACUUAAAUACUGUUUAUGCUUCUCAAUUUCAAGAAAACAAUGUUGAAGAAUUAGAUAGUAAAGUGUUCACAAUAUGUUCACGUUUAAUGAACACUUUGGAAAAACUUGACAAAGAUAAAUAUGCUUUUCCAUUACUUGGAUGCUAUGUAAAAUUAAAACGUUUUGAUUUAGCAUUGAAUUUAGCAUCAACAAAUAAUGACUAUUUAAAACACUUAUUAUUCUUAGUUGAUGUAGAUCAAUUAUAUAAAGCAUCGCUUGCUGAAUAUAAUUUAGAAAUGGCUAUGAAAAUUAUAAAUAAUUCUCAACUCGAUCCAAAAGAAUAUGUACCAUUUUUAAAAGAAUUAGAAAAAAUGGAAUGUCAUUACAUGCGUUUUACAAUUGAUGAUAAAUUAGGAAAUAAAGAAUUGGCCUUAAAGAAUUUAGUUCAUUGCGGAGGGCAGUUUGAGAAAUGUUUGAAAUAUAUUAUAGAUAACAACCUCUAUUCUUAUGCAUUAACACUAUUCAAUCAAGACCAAAAUGAAUAUAAAACUAUUGCGAAACAUUUUGGGGAUUUAUUAUAUUCUAAAAUGGAUUAUCAACAUGCAGCAUUAAUAUACAACCGAAGUACUGAACGGAAUAAAGCUAUUGGCUCUUAUUUGAAAGCUGGGUUUUGGAAAGAAUCUUUAGAAUUAUGUUAUGAACUAAAUUUUGAUGACUUGGAAAUUAAAAAAAAUAAAACAAACAUUUUAUCAAUGUUAUCAUCUACACAAAAGUUCAGAGAGGCUGCCGAUUUUGCUGAAUUUGAAUUGAAGGAUUCUAAAUUAGCUGUAGAUUAUAGCAUCAAAGCUCAAGAUUAUGCCCACGCUUUAUAUUUAGCUCGAUCUAGAUCAAUACUCGAUAGUGACUUAGAAAAAUGCAUUAAAUUGUCUUGUUUAAAUACUGCUCAAAAUCUCAUCUCUGACAUAAAUUCGCAAAAUGAAAAUUUUGUUACUCUAACUAAACGUUUAAUUGAAGUUAAAAAAGAAAAUUCUAGUGAAACAGCUCAUUAUGAUAACUUAAACGAUACAAGUUCUGAAAUUAGUAGUGUGUCAUCUUAUCGUACAUCAAGCACUCGAACCAGUUGCAGAAGCGCUCGUAAACAACAACGUAAAAUGUGGAAUUUGAAAAAAGGCAAUUUUCGAGAAGAACCCACUAUAAUUUUGACCUUGAAACAAAUAAUUGAAAAGCUUGAAAAUUUAAUAGAUAAUGUAAAAUCUAUAUGUUUCUUACUCGUGAGAUUUGAAGAAUUUGAUAUUGGUCACACUUUACAAACAACAUUGGAAUCGUUUCAGACUUCUAUUCUUCAGCACAAAUCAAUUGUUUGGCCAAUUUUUAAUGAAACUGAACAAAUUAUAGAAGAUGCAAUUCUUCUGAGCCCAUUAAAAAUAAUGCCUGACAAAAGUUGGAAACUAAGUAUUUUAGAAUAAAAAAUUGGCAUAUUAUGUUGUUUAUGUAUGUUUAAUAUAUUUCAAUAAUAUUUUGUUUUUUCUUAAAAAAUAUACAUAAA